AUGCUGAACUACACAAGGGAAAUUGAUAUAAAUAAAGUUCUCCAAGUGGCUGAAUCCCUCGAAGACAUUCUGUUCCGCUGUUUUGGUCCAGACGGGGGACAAGUUCUGUUUAUUAAAUCCACUGGUGAUCUUCUUAUUACCAAAGAUGGGCGACAGAUACUGGAGUGCCUUUUACUAGAUCAUCCUAUUGCAAGAAUGAUUGUGAGCUCUGCAUCCUCGCACUCCAAUGUUACUGGUGAUGGAGUGAAAUCCUUUGUUCUGCUGCUGUGUGGAGUCCUUAGAGGACUUCGGGCUGUAACUGAUAAUACGGGUGGCUUUCUUCUGUCUAAGAAGACAUUGGGACACAACAGAUAUCAGAAGCGAGGACAUGCUUUAAAACGAAUUAGCAACCUGCUGAUGACCUUUCAGAGCGAAGUUCUUGAUUGUUUAAUUAGGAAAUACCUAUGUCCACAUUUUGUUUCAGUUUUUUCAUCCUGCACAGAGAGGAGCAUAUGCAGAACAAUGUUGCAGUUGACCUUGGACACCUUUUUCUGUGGAAGAAUCGGAUAUAACAAUCAGGUGUUUCUAAGUAGACUGGCUUGUGAGUUUUUCUACAAAUGUCUGCCCAGCAGCGGUGAUGCACUUGAAGUCGUCAGCUUACUUAACGUUUUUUUCCAUGAGCUACACACAGAUGUUUCAGGUGUCCCGGUAUCUAAUUCCAGGAUAUUACCGGGGAUUGUGCUUCACAGGGAGUUUUCUGUAUACUGCCCAGCAGAGGGAGAACUGAGAGCAUUGAUUGUUACCCAACAGAUCCAUGAUUCCCUCUCCACGACCGACACAGAUUUUCAAGUCUCCUCAGAUACUCAUCUACAGCUUUCCCAGGAUUACCUGGUGCAAAGGACUGAAAACAUAAUAAAACAAUUGCAGAAAAACCGCAUCAAGGUGAUACUAUCAGCUGUCAGACAACCUGAAAUAGUUAACUACUUUGCAAGGCAAAGUGGAAUAUCCAUUGUGGACUGUUUACCACCAGAAGAACUCAAUCUUGUGUGCAGGAUCACAGGGGUUUCACCGGUGUUCUUACCGCUCAGUGAGAAUGUCGGGCAGUCGGCUGAUACAUUUCUGGCAAUGUCCUGUCAGCCAGUAGUAAUCGGCUCCAGAAAGUAUGUCCACCUUAUUUUAAACAGCUCCCUGGGCUUCCAGCCACACUGUGUUGUGCUGUGUGGGCCUGUGAAAGGCUUGACAGAGCAGUUUAUUUCAGCUUUUCAUAGUGCUUUUAAAAUGCUCCAGCAGUUAUUUCACCCCGUAGACACAAGCUUGGAGCAGGCAGGCGAAGGUCAAGGCCAAUGUGCAUCAAAGGAAAACACGCCAUCAACAGAACAACAUAUAUCUUUUAACAAUUGCCAAAGAGACACAAUCUUUGACUUUGCUUUGGAAAGAAUUAACAAUAUUGAAGAAAAGAGUAAAUCAGGAAGAAAUCAUUUCCUUAGUAAAGAACCGAAGAAGCCAGACAGCGAGCGUCCCGGUGACACCAGCUAUAUAAUCAGUAGCCCUGAAGUGAGUCUGGCAAAUGGGGGUUUGCUUGUGACAGGUGGAGGUACCUUUGAAAUGCUUUUACAUUAUUAUCUACAUGACUUUGCCCAAAAAUGCCAGGAUCGGGACCUGUCAGUAAUUUGCACUAUAGUUGGAAAUGCCGUGUUAUGUAUUCCCCAAUAUAUUAACAGUGCAACGAAGGGGAGCAGUAGACUCCCACUGCUUUAUUCCCAAGUCACCAGUGAUUAUCUUAAAAAGGGGCUUAAAAAAGGGACAGCGCAAAAUGGUCUAGAGUCUGUAGCUUGCAAGCACCAGUUACUGGUUUCAGUGCUUCAUUGCAUAAGCAAACUUGUCACCAUUGACUUUAUUAUCGGCAUUAAGCGACCUCCUCGUGAUGCUAAAUAUGGGGAAUCUGAUGAUGAUUUGUGA